AAUAUAACCUUAAAUUUUCGUGUUUAAAAUUUGAACGAGCCCGCGUUAUACAUCUGGGGUCUCCGUGCUAUUAAUACCUUUGAAUGGUACCUGUUAUGCUUAAUUUUCAGUGAUUCAAUUUGAAACAUCUAUUAGUAUGUUUAAUUUUUUGUAACAAACUUACAAACUAGGGCAAUUAUGAAAAAUUUAGGAGUAUUUAUAAUUUUUUUGGUUAUUAGAGUUGCUUCAGUAUUUUUAGUACAAACAUUUUUUGUUCCUGAUGAGUAUUGGCAGUCUUUAGAGGUUGCUCAUAACCUUGUAUUUCGAUACGGAUAUUUGACUUGGGAAUGGACAAAGGGGAUAAGAAGUUACAUUCCACCUUUAAUAAUUGCUGGUUUAUAUAAAAUUCUCCAAAUUACUGGAUUGGAUACAUCCAAUAUUUUGGUUUAUGGUCCUCGUAUUCUACAAGCUAUUUUGAGUGCCUAUUCUGAUUUAUGUUUUUAUAAAUGGUCGGGUACAAAAAAAUGGGCAAUUUUUUGCAUAGGAACUUCUUGGUUUUGGUUUUAUACUGGAUCAAGAACCUUAAUCAAUAGUUUAGAAUGUGCUUUGAGUACAAUUGCUCUUUCAUACUUUCCGUGGCCUGGAAAAGGAAUAGGUAAAUUUGUAAAUUUAUCAAGAUGUAGGUUAAUUGUAUUAUCUCUCUCCAUUCUUCUUGAUAGCUUAGCUCACGGAACGUUCAUUGUAACGGUAUAUGAGUUUCUGAAGUUCAAUUUGAUUGAGGACAUUGGAUCUUUUUAUGGUACGCAGCCAUGGCACUGGUAUUUGUCGAGUGGAAUUCCUGCAAUUCUUGGAAUACAGUUACUACCAUUCCUAACAGCAUCCUUUGUGAUUCUGAAAAACAGAAGAGUUCAUCAAAACGAAUUAGCCAUGUUAGGAACUAUUAUUUUUGCAUUGACAAUCUACAGUUUAUUGCCACACAAGGAAUUUAGAUUUAUUCUGUCACUGUUACCUUUGAUAUUUUACAUAUCCUCCAGAUUUUUGUCAGCGUGGAGCAGAAAAGCUAGCAA